AUGGUUGACGUAUUUCAUGAUUCAGAACAUGUUUGUAAGGAAACAGAUAAAGUUAUUCGACAGAUCUUUACCUACAUGUCAGAAACUUGUUGUCAACCUCUUACAUUGGAGUCAACAUCACCAACAAUUCUUAAGGUGUACACAUAUGUGAUUAUGCAGUUAUGCAGGGACUAUUAUUACCACCAUCUGAAUGUAAUUGAUGAUGGGAUGGUCACUCAUUCUAACAAAAAGAGGUCAAUGAGAUCUAGUAUAGCAAAAAAUCAGAAAAGCCAGGAUAGUGCUCAGAAUUUUAGCUUCAUGAACUUCACGAUAAAGGGUCUAUUAGGCCGAGGUCGAAGUGGAAAGAUAUUCCUAUGCGAAUAUCGCAGAAAUACAAUUGCCUUAAAGGGUAUAGAUCUAUCAAAAGCCCCAUCAUAUGUUUUGAAAGAAAUGCUGAACGAAGUUGAAAUCUAUAAAAUUCUUGCAGAUAUCCAAGGGAAAUACAUUCCAAAAUUAGUGUGUCAUGGUUACUAUAGGGGUGGAAUGUACUAUGUUAUUGGUACAACUCUUUUCGAAUCAAUUCAUAAUCAUGGUGUGCUUCAUAAUGAUAUUCGAAAGGAAAAUAUUUUGUUUGAUAACAAUACUGAUGGUGCAUACUUGAUUGACUUUGGGAUGGCAUGUUAUUAUCCUUAUACUAAAGAAAAGUUAUUUGAUGAAGAGAGACUUAACUUGUCUCGUUUAUUAGAUCAUUAA